GCCAUGUCGAAGGAUCGCACUAGAGAUGGAAUCAGGCGCUGAAAUUUUCCAAGAGCCUGAGACGGUGACGAAACCCCGACACAGACAUGACUCCACAGUCCUAUGCCGAUUCGUGUCAGGAGAGUUUGAGAAAGUCGACAUCGACUUCCGUCACACCAACUACAUUGCCUUCUCACACGUGUGGGGGGAUCCAUCACUUUACCACCCGACGACCAUUAGCAACAUCCCGGAACCAAUUAUUGCUUCUCCGUCGAAAGCUCGCUGCCUUGAUCAGAACCUGCAGCGCCUCGUGGGUGACAGCUAUUUCUGGCUUGAUGUUCUCAGCAUCGAUCAAAGCCCCGAGACCGUCGAGGAGCGCAUCCAAGCCACAGCCAUCAUGCCCGACAUCUACAAGCACGCACAAAAGACUAUCGUCAUCCGUGAUGGCUCGGGCUUCCAAAGUUGCUGUGUAGAUGCCAUCGGGCAGCUUCGUACCUGGGCUGACUACCAUAAUGGCAUACAGCAGUGGAAUACGCAUUGGAGGACUGAUCAUCGUGGCCAGAGGCUGUACGAGGGGAUUCUAGAGCGGCUGUGGCCACUGCAAGAGAGCGUCUUCUCAAACCAUGUUCAGUUCAUUUCCUGCGAGGAAUCACUCGCUCGGACAACCUUUAGUUGGGGCGAUAUCUAUUCGGGAACGCAGUUUAUAUCAGCGAAUACGGAUCGACUCUGGACGAUGUCGCGAGCGUGGGCAUCGUAUGGAACGACGGGGGAAGUGUCCGGUGACGAGCAAUUGGCGUUCAUGAACGCGUUAUUGCGCAAUGGUGAAGUAUCAAGGGACAGGACCAGCAGGAUACCAUUUUCGACCGCUAUCGGAAGGGAAUUUUUGAUCCAAAGCAAUAGCACGCGCAGGACGACCAAAGCACGAGAUCUUAUUCUAACCACCAUGUCGCAAUACAGCUGGUACACUGCACCGACGCCGCGAGAUAUCCGGAACAUGAGCUUCGGUCAGCUUUUCCGCGACUGUUUCGACCAAGCCCGACGCGCUCAUCGUGCAACACUGCCGAGGAUCACUGGAGGUAUGGUGGGAGACGACGGACUGGUCCUGGAGACAUCUAAUAUCCCUGAGCCAGAGUAUCUAGGGGAUCUAGUCAAGCUGUUCGGGCUGGCGACUGAUGCCGCGCCCAAUAAUGAGAAGGAUUGCGCCUCUGGGCUUGAAUAUGGCAAAGUUGGAGUCCGUACCAUCGAGUCCACUAGUAUGGUGAUGACUUUUGAUAUCAUAGACAGAAGUCUUGACUUCUCACCCGAUGCGUGGAAGUUUGCACUCAGGGGCGAAUUGAGCAUGAGUCCGUAUGGGGUAUGGCCGGAUGAGAAACUUUUUCUGGAAACAGUGAGCAAAGAAGUUUGCCAAGAGCAGGCGAUGAAGUUCCUCAAUCUUAUGCUGAUCGGACAUUUCGGCGGCGGAGGCGCGAAACUAGAUGCAGAUUCGUUCAAGAGAGAUCUUAUCAAUGCCAAUGCGUCGAAUUACAGCAAAUUCUUCAUUCGUAUAGCUGCUUUGAUCAGCUGUGGGAUUGGAAUCAGCGCCCUCAGUUGGUCAGAGAAUGUCUGGACACCUGUGCUUGUUAGCAUUGGGGAGCUUGAGCUGCUCGGGUUGGUGUCGUCCGCUGAGAUGGUUUCAGGAGAAGAAAACGUAUUCCAUCUUGCCACUCCGUUGGACUCAACCACUCCUCCGCGCCUCUCGGCAACAACCACCAAUAAUUCAGGCACAGAAGAUAGAGUGGAUGUUUGCAAUGCCACCUUCCUCCUCAAUCCGAAUAUAUCGAGGUGUCUCUACAUCUCUCCAUUUCUUGACGACAGCAUUGACGAACCUCUAAUCGUCCAAAGAGUCAAUAGCCUGUUUUCAGCAGUUUCUUUAGGCUUAAAACGGCUAGUUAUCGACAUGCCGUUGCGGUCUCUCUAUCCCGAGGACGACCAUAACCGAGUCCGGCCUAUCCUGCGGGCAGCAUUCGCCAGUUUAGAAAUCAUUGAGGAAUUCUGCUCUGUCCGGGACGAGUUGUUCCUCGACACAGUCUACCCUACCAAUGAACCGAAAGUCUGGUCUUUUUGGCCCCACCUCGAGCAUCUGGCGCUUUACAACGUCGACGUAGCGUCUUCAGAAUUCCUUGUUGCUCUCCGGAGAUGUGAGCGUUUGACAAAGCUCGUUCUCACGCGGCCGGAUGGGUUGGAAGAAUGCAUUGAAGAUUCGGAAUUUCCUCCUUUGCCGCAUCUUCAACGCGUCAUAAUUGUGAAUACAGCAGAGGGUCACCGCCAAUGGCCUCUUUUCCGUCGACCAACAUCGAGAUCCUGCUUUCUGGGACGCAUAUUUACAGCAACUCCGCAUUUCUCUCCAGCCACCUACAUGGCCGAGCCGACAGCAGCUGCACGUGGUGGGAUAGAUCGACUGUUGGUCAGCAUUAAUGUGCCCAUGCCUGCUGGCAGAGAUGGCUAUGACGCAGAAGUCUGCCAGGAAUGGGUGCGCAACCAUGCUAUAGACGGCAGCCUUUGGAAGCUUCACGGUGCACCUAUCUCAAGGGAUAUGGAGCAAACCCUCUUGUGCUAA